GUCUUCCCACGUUCCAUCUCCAUCUGUUUCCUUUCUUCCGCCACCCAGCCUUCUCCAUGUAACGAGAAACCAUCUCGACCUGAGAGCAGAACGGCAAAUCUCUCCCCUCCCUCUCCUCGCCUGCUUUUACUUAGCUCGCCGGCAGCCCCUAUCGUAUUCCACCCGAACCUACCCUCGUCGGCGCGAGCGAGCGCAAAGUUUUUCCUGGAUCGCCAAGGACAUGCUCCCGCCGAGCUGCUCGUGAAAAAGCUUGAGGACCGUGUCCGGCACCAUCUCAUCUCAAUGUUCACAGAGACCCUGCGUCGAAAGAUGGCAUCAUAUACAUCGGCGACAAGAUCGAAGCACGACUUCGCUAGGCAGGUCGAGGAAGUGAAGACCCCCAAGAGCGACAUCAACGCCCUGAUACUCGACUAUCUGACUGUUGCCGGCUACCCUAACGCGGCCGCGAAAUUCUCAAUCGAGGCCAACCUCCAACCGCAACAGUCCACACCCGCCAUCCAGGCGAGACAACAAAUCCGAGCAUUCAUACACCGGGGCGACAUUGAGAAUGCCACGCGAGCUAUCAACGACCUUGACCCUUCGGUCCUGGACGAGGAUGAGCCUCUCCACUUUGCUCUCCUCCGUCUCCAGCUCGUGGAGCUGAUCCGGAAGUGCAAUGCGCAACCGGGCGGCGAUAUCGAGCCUGCCCUUGAAUUCGCUCAAACCCAGCUCGGACCCAAGGCGCCGCGCACCCCGCAGUUUCUAGAAGACUUGGAGAAGACGAUGUCUCUCCUGGUCUUCGACCAUAACAACCUAGACCCUUCGCUAGCCGCGCUCCUUGAACCAAGCCUUCGGCGGGAGGUCGCCGACAAAGUUAACAAGGCCAUCCUCCAGCGUCAGCAGCAGCGUAGGGACGCUGCCAUUCAAAAUCUGGUGCAGAUGAGGGCCUGGAGCGAGGAUACCGUACGCAAGGAAGGCAAGAAAGAGUUGCCUGCGAGAAUUGAUCUCGGCCUAGACGGCGACGAUACCGAAAACGGACACGAGCCGAUGAUUACGACCUGAGCUGAUGUACGAUCGGGGCUAUCCCUUGUAGACUGGGCGAAUACGGCCCGAGCCGCUUUCUUCUACUUUCCCUGUCCAAUACGCUGUCUGUAGAACUAAAAUGGGAGGCGGUGGAUUCCGAGGACAGGUUAUCCACGACAGGCGUUUUUAACGGUUGGACGGGCGUUAUCGGUAGGCACGGUGAGAUAUCCCGCCCGGAACAUCAGGUGGUCUCUUUUUUUACAUGGUCUGGGUUUUAC